GAAUACCCGAGGUGCUCCAUUACGGGUCUCGACAGGACCAGCACGGGCUUGCUCGUUUCUUCUUCAAACACCCAUGCCCGCGUAUUGCGAAGAAGCAGUGGACCUGCCGUCGUGCGCAGUUGAAUCACAUUGAAGAUAACACGUUGCGUCACGUCGAAGCGGCUGCCAUCAAACGUAGCCAACUGCCGAGGCGGACACUGCGCCUCUCGCACUGCAGCACCAUUUCGCUGCAAUUGGUCAACCAAACCGCGGCUCGCCACAUUCACGUCCGCUCCGGAAUCUAGCAGGACAUCAUGAAUGUCGAGAACAUUCUCCACCCUAGCCAUGCAUGCGCUGCUCGGCUCGAUCGGAGUUUCUUCUAGGUGAAGCGCUUUGAUAGCGUGUACAGGGGCUGAUCCCUUCGCCUCCACCGGGGUUUUUCCUGGCCUUGCCUCCCUCCAUUUACGUAGAAGGUCUUCUGCCUCGCCGGUUGCUGCAUGGGGACAGUUCUUAACGCGGUGAGCCUCGCUGCCACACUUCAAGCAAGUCCGCGUGCGAGGAGGCGGCUUGCUCUCUUCGGUGUGUGGAGACUUUCCGGCGGACUUCUCUGUCUUCCUCCCGCUCGACUUCGCCACUGGGACAGAGGACUGACUAGCGGGUUCCCACCGUAGAUAUUCCUUACAACUGGCACGAAGCCAUUUGAUAAAGGCGACGACAUCCUUCAGCAGGGGCUUGUUAGACUCGCGUGCCAGCUCGUUCUUCACGGUCUUCUUGAACUACUCUAAUCCCAGUGCAUCCAUCAGGUAAUGGACGAUCUUCUUCGGCUCGCUCUCAACCAUCCAUUCCAUGUUCUCGGUCUCGAGCACUUGGUACAUUGCGUGUGCGAGCUUCGAGACACGUGAGUCUGCAUCGGUAAGACUCACAUCCGUCACCAGCUUGCGGCUCAUGAGCGUCUUGACCUUGUCGAAGUCCAGUUCGCCCGUGAUCCUUCCUUCCCAGAAGUAGUCGAUCCAAUCGGCUUCUGUUAUCGCGUCGAUUGGUUUACAGAUGCCGAACAUAGCGAUCAGGCGGCGGCGUUCAUCCUCGACACACGCACCAACUGGCAUUCGGAACGGACGAAAGAACGCCGUUUCGAGCGAGGGCAGACAGCUGCCGGCAAUAGGCUUCGUACUUCUUCAUGAAGCCUUGUUUCUCUUGAGCCGUCGAGCCACGAAAAAUCGGAGGGGCUGGGAGCGUGGGCAUUGUCUGGACGCGCUUGCUAAGCGGUAGUCUCGCUUGAGCCUAAUGUUCUGCACCGUCCACGCGGCCGCUUACGUCCUCCAUGUCAACAUCUUCGUCAACGCCAUAUUCUCGACGAGGCAGCGCGAAGGGGCCUCCAGCGUUGCUCACGACGUGGGUGUUAGGGCGACGCAUGGGUCCUCCUCCAGCCGCAGCUUGCUCAGCGGUUGCUGGAGUUGGAGUUCCGGUUGCUUCGGUACCGGGUACCACCACAGUAGUCUCCGCAGCCGCUUGUUCAGCAGGCCCAGGUGGCGGGGCGUCUUGAUCAGGAAUGAUGAACCCAGCCAUUGCGGCUCAGGCACUAGAUGACUUGCACAGUCACGAAUGGUCGACUUGCACAGUCGACGCGUAGCUUGCUCAGCGGGUCGCUUGCACAGCGGAGUUUCUUGUCACUUAGUACACAGUACUAAAUCUAGCUUUGAUCUGUGUCCUCGGCGUUCACGACCAAGUAUGAGGGACAAAGUAAAUUGCAAAGUGAUUGAAUAUAAAGAGAUUGAUACCUGG